AUAUUCUAUUAUGAUAGCCAACCGGUGGUUGUGUCUUGCGGUUUGCAUCCAUUCACACUGACAUGGACGGGUAUCCGUCUGAGAUUCGGUAUAGAUUUACUCCUCUCGUUGCGCUUCUGGGAGCGAGCAUAGAGCUCCUCUCUAUUAUCAAGCAAAACCUAUCGUACCAGCUUCUGGAAAAUGCCACCAAGGUGCCUUCCUUUCGGUUCAUCCUCUCCGAGCACUCCAAUUUUAGCGUGACGCCCAGGAAAAAGGAGAAAAUUUUUAACUAUCCACCGAGGGGCAUUUUCUCGUACGUUUGGCUCUUUCGCGUCUGCUACGAAAUUCCGUCCGCCAUCGUGUUCGUCGUCGACUGGGACUGCCCGGAUUGGAAAACGAAGGAGUACGAGUACCUGGAAAAUCUCGAGUCAAUAAGUUUGAACGCCAAAUCCAGGAACAUACAGGUUGUCCUGUUGAUAUUCAAAACAGGCGGUUCAGCCGCGGCGAGCGAGAGGCUGUCCGCGUUCAAGCGCAGGUCCGGAAUUGACGCCAAGAACGUCGUCUUCUUUCCGGUCGAGGAGGUGCCCGCCUCGAUAAAGACUUUCGAGGCGGUGCUCAGACGGGCGUCCGACGAGCACUACUUCGAAGAGAUUAGGUUCGUCAAGAAGCACAAGGAGAAGGUCACCAAGUCCAGCCAGAUAAAGUUGUUUAUUCGGCACCACGUCAAGGUCGCCUUCUACUUCGAGCUGAGGUCCAACAUUCAGGCGGCCAUUAGGUACUACGCCUCCGCCUACAACAACUUGCUCGAGGUCAAGAAGGUGUGGAAGGACUUCGAGGAGGUGAAGGCGCUUGCCGAGAUAAUAGUUUUCAAGUUGUGCUAUCACUACCUGGCGCUAAAGAACGUGGAUCGCGCCAUAUCUCAGUUUCACCAGCACAUCAAUUAUUACAGGUUGUUGGUGGGCGACCCCGAGUACGAGUUCCGCCACUUCGCGUGGUUGGCGAGGCAAUAUCGAAUUUUCAGCGAGUUGUUGCAGACGUUUUACCACUCGAACGACGCCGUUCAGUCGAACUUCAGUUGUUCGCUCGGGUCCACUUGCAGGAGGAUCGAUUGGUCCAACCCCGGCUAUUACUACCAGAUGGCCGCCACGCACCAGAUCGCGAGGCGCGAGUGCGCGCGCGAGCUCUGCGCGCCCCACACGGACAGAGAAGAGGUCGCCGAGCUGCUGAGCUACUUUUCCACACAAGACGAGGACUGUUCCAGCAAUUUCAGACUCAACGAGUACAUAGGUCAGACGAGCGCGCUGUCCAUAUUGGACGUUUCCAAGGUCGACGUCCAGUUGUCUCGCUACGUUGAUUCUCUCAACUCUCGCACCGUCUUCGACCCCUUCGUCGACUGGGACCCCGACCUGCUGUCCCGUCGAGACGGCCUGAUCGCGCGCGGCGUCGACUGCAUCGGCGCACAUUUGAACGACUGGUACCUCGUCGUCAUCGCUCAGGAAAUCCACACGAACCACUCGCAAAUCAUCGUGCGCCUGCUCUCCAAGGCGAGGGACGCGUACCUCGAGAACGAGUCGGGCACCAAGAGAAUUCUGGCGCACUUGUCUUCCAAAAUGGCACACGAGUACUACUUGAUGAAGGACUACCAGAAGAGCAUAGACGUCAACCAACAGGUCAUUCACAUAUACCGCCAGGACCGAUGGACGGAACUGCUCAUGCCGGCCCUGCGAGAGCGUCUCGAAUGCUCCAAGCGCCUGGAAAAAUGGGAAGACUUCUUCCGUUACGGCGUGGAGCUCUUGUCUUGCGGGUGCCAGCAAUCCUUCGCGUCCGAAAAAGCAGCGACCCUGUCCUCGCUCUUGGACGUGCUGUUCAAUCUGCAGCCGCUGUCCGCGCCCCUCGUCCACUCCCAAGCGAAGGACGAACCGAAGAACGAGCUGCUCAAGUGUCGAGUCUAUUUCGAUCAAAGAAAAGCCUUCAUCGGGACGGACGUCAAACUCCACGUCGAAGUCAAAAGCUGCUUCCCUUCAGACGUCCGCUUCUCCUCGCUCGCUCUGGCUUUCAACGACCCUCAGUACGACGUCACCCUAAUCGACGACGAGGCGAUUCCCAAUCGCGAAACGCCAACCGACAAACCGGAAACGCGCGACCACCUCCUCUUUUCCCCCGACUCUUCCAAAACCUACACCUUCACCUUCCAAUUCGCUAACGUCUCCAGAAUAGAAUGCACCUCUCUAACUCUAACCCUCGGCCAACCCCCCUCCUCCAUCGACUUCCUUCAUCCCAUCUCUCACUCCCCAGACCACAACCGCCGCUCUCGCUCCCGACAAAAAAAGGAACCGUGGCACGACCACCAACCCAUCAUCGACAUACACGCACGCAACCCGGAAAUCAGCCUCUCCGUCGAACUCCAAGAACCCGCGUUUCUGAGCGAACACUUCCCCCUCAAGGUCUCCGUCAAAAACCAAACCACCUCCCCCAUCACCGUAAACCUCUCCAUCUACCCCGACUCCCUCCUAGACCGCUCCAAAACCUCGUCCAAAUACCUUAUCACACACGCCCCCGACCUCGACUCUCGCUCUCACCAAAAAAAAUCAAUGCCCUUCUACGGCUCCGGCGGCACCUCCACCCCCUCCUCCUACAAAGCCACCCUCGACCCCAUCGACCCCCUCCGCCAAACCGAGUCCAUCAUCUACUUCGUCGCGCCCUGCUACGAAGCCGAGUUCUAUUACGCCCUCAGGAUCUUCUACGAAACCGAAACUCACUCCGACUUCAUCCAAAAAAACUUCCGCAUUCCCGUCAAAACCCCCCUUCAAGUCCACACCCACCUCUACGACCAAUUUCUCAAAAAAAUAGACCUCGCCUCCUCCCCCUCGCCCAAAUACAACCAGACUCACCGCAAGCACAGCACCCCCACCGCCCCAGUCGACGCGAGCGACCUCUCGACUUCCAGCUUGUCUCAAUCCGCCACCACUUCAAACGCCCUCAUCACUGUUCCACAAAACUCUCAACUCUUCCUGGUCACCGAAAUCAAAACUCUGACCCGCUGUCCUAUCAACCUCGUCCGCCUCAAACUCACCCACCGCUCCGACCAACCCGUCCUAAUCACCCCUCUCUCCCAACGCACCAGCUCACCCUCCACCGAGGACCACGCCGUCUACCUCGACCUAGCCAACCCCCCCACCUGCCAAAACGCCACCCACUCCGCCUGCCUCUCCCUCUGCACUCUCCCAGACGUCCAAGUAAACAACUUCUCGAGCACCCUCGAAAUCCAUUGGACCCGCACUUACCCCUUCCACACAACUCCCAGAACCGUCACCUACACCUCCCCCGGACCCAACCUCAAAACGGAACCCUCGCCCUUCGUGACGCGCGUCGAAACCUCGUCCAGCGGCACUGUAGGACGCCCCAUAGAACACCGCAUCCACCUCACCAACCAAACCAACGGUAUCUUGUCGGUCUACACUCAACUAAUCGAGUCCCCGGGCUUCGCCGUCGCCGGCGAAAAAACCAUCAAGCACUUCGUCAACGCCCGCAACACUAUCACGAUCGACCACAACUUGAUUCCUCUAAAAUCUGGAAUUCUGCCGUUCCCAACCUUCAAACUCACUAAUCUAACUAACCUGCCGCGAGACUCCUCCGACCUCUAUUCUGUGGAAGUCACUCACUCUAGCAUCUACGUCGCCCCUAGCGAGUCACCCUCUAUCUCAUAAAAAUCAAAAAAAAAAUUUAUACACAGAGGACACACGAUAUUCGCGUUAAAUUGUAAAAUAAAAAUUCCCGUGUAACACCGCCUCAUCCUCCC